CAGUAUGAAAAGUGCAACAAAAAUCUACGCUUUUCUUUAAACUUGCUAAGUUAUUUUUAUUAUAAGCCUAAUGGAACUUGAAAAACAAACAAGAAAAAUGAGGAUGACGCUACCUCCCUUUUACUUUCCUUGGGAAUGAACACUGCAAACUGGUAUGAGCCACUGGCGUAAUAGUACCACUAUCAGUGAGUUAGGUAAACCUGCCUUCUUUCUUCAGAAAAGUAUACAUCAGGAAACAAUACUGACAUUCAACUAUGGGUGCAAAACCAUCCAUUCAAGUUCCAAUAUGUAAUUGUUUGCCCACUGAUGGCCUGCCCUAUAAAGCUUAUGAAGCUGCAAUGAAAGGUCACCUAUCAAUUAUUAGUCAUUACCUCACAAUGAGAGGUAAUGUGAAUGCUACAUACGGAGGAGAGACUAUGUUGCAUGCAGCAUGCAAAAAUGGACGGGAAAAUGUGGUGCAUUUCCUCUUGAAAAUAAACUCAUUGUGUGUCAACCUGCGGAAUAAUGACAAUGAGACAGCACUUAUGUUGGCUGCAGGACAUGGAUAUAAGGACUGUGUACAGCAUCUUCUUGAAAACAACUUCAGGUGUAAGAUUGAACUACACUGCAAAAACAAUGAAGAACAUACUGCUGUUGACAUUGCUCAUCUACGUAACCAUCAAGAAGUAGCAUACUAUUUGAGCUCCUUCUUUCAGAAACCACCACCAUAUACUGCUUCACAAUGUAAAAUUGCUCACAAAACAAUAUGACAACAGACGAAAAUCAGUGAUCAGUGAGUUCACUGCUGAUGGCCACCUCCUUGCCAGCCAUAUGAUAAAUUUCCCCAUGUGUGUGUGUGUGUGUGUGUGUGUGUGUGUGUGUGUGUAUUUACCUAGUUGUAUAAUACAGGGUCUGAGCAGGGCUCAUAGUGUCCCGUCUCCAUAUCUGUAUUUAUCCAGCAUUUCCUUAAAUCUAUGCACAUUUGGUGCUGUAACAACCUCCUCAUCUAGACCACUCCAGAUAUCCACAGUUCUAUGUGGAAAACUAUACUUCUUGAUGUCCCUCAAACACUGACUCUUCUUUAUCUUCUUUAAGUGCCCUCUUGUCCGUCCAGCUUCAUCUUCCAGUAACACCAGAUCCUGCUUGUGUACCUUCUCAGUGUGGUUAACUAUUUUAUACAUCGUUAUUAGAACUCCUCUUUCUCUUCUAACUUGCAAAGUUGGCAGUCCCAUUUCCUUCAACCUUUCUUCGUAGGUUAGGUCUUUCAGCUCUGGUACCAUCAUUGUAGCUACCCUCUGAAUUCUUUCCAACUUCUUUAUGCCUUUCUUCAUAUGCGGAGACCACACCACUGCUGCAUAUUCCAGUCUGGGAUGUAGCAUAGUGGCUAUAAGUUUUUCAUCAUAGUCUUAUCCAUGUAAUGAAAUGCCAUCCUAAUAUUUGUUAACAUCCCAUACAUCAAGCUAAAUGUCAUUUAUAUGCCCUUCUGAGGUCAGGGUAUCUUGAAAAACCACUCCUAGCUCCUUGCUCUUCAUUAUUACUUCCUCCCCCAUUUUAUAGUCCCAAGCAGGUCUUUUACUCUUUCCCAAUUCCAUCACAUGGCAUUUCUUAGCAUUGAAUUCCAAUUUCCACUUCUUGCUCCACCCAUAAAUCUUGUCAAUAUCUCUUUGCAACUCCAUACAAUCAACAUGGCUCUUUAUUGCUCUUGACAAUUUUGCAUCAUCAGCAAACAGAUUAAUAUAACUGGUCAAACCCUCCUGCAUAUCAAUGAUGUAUAUUUGGAACAUAAUGGGUGCUAACACUGACCCCAGUGGUACUCCACUUGUUACAUUACUCCAACUUGAACAGGUGUCCUUGAUCACAGUUCUCAUUUCUCUAUCCUUUAAGUAGUCUCUCAUCCAUUUUAGCAUUAUCCCUCUCAGUCCUCCUAAUUGUUCCAUCUUCCACAAUAGUUUUUUAUGUGGAACUUUAUCAAAAGCUUUUUUGAUGUCCAACUAUACUGCAUCUACCCACCCAUCUCUGUUUUGUACUUCAUCUAUUACUCUUGUAUAGAAACUUAGUAAAUUUGUCACACAUGACCUUCCUUUUCUGAAACCAAAUUGACUAUUUGUUAUAACUUCAUUCUCUUCCAAAUAUUUCACUAUUUCUAUUUCACAGAUCUUGCCCACAACACUAGCUAGCGACACCGGUCUAUAAUUUAGUGGCUCAGUCCUCUUUCCUCCUUUGUGUAUUGGCACUAUAUUUGCUCUCUUCCACUGUCUUGGUACUCUUCCCUCUAUCAGUGAGCUGUUAAUCACAUCCCAUAUUGGCUCCACCACUAGUUCUCUACAUUCCUUUAGUGUUCAACCUGACACUCCAUCAGGCUCCAUUGCUUUUCUGACAUCCAACUUCUCUAACAAUUUGCUAAUUUCAUAUUUUUGCACCAAGACUUCCCGUAACCCCCCCUGCCUCACCUCCUCGUUUGGUUCUGUAAAAUCCACUUCCACAUUUAACAUAGACCUGAAACUCUCAUUCAUAAUUUCACUCAUCUCUUCUACUGUUUGAUAUAUCCUUUCUUCCUUUACUAUUUUGUUAAUGGUCUCUGCUUGUCAUCUUUCCACUGAUAUAUUUGUAAAAAAGCUUGGGCUCUGCUUCACAUUUCUUUACCACAUCCUUUUCAAAUUGUUUCUCCUCCUCUCUUCUUAUUCUAACAUACUCAUUCCUUGUCUCCUUAUACUGCUCUCUAUUAUUUUCAUUUCUCUGUUUCUUCAGUUUCUUCCAAGCUAUAUCCUUUCUCUUCUUAGCUUCUGCAUAUCUGGCAUUAUACCAAAUAUGUUUGCUCCUCCUUACAUUAUAUACAGGUACAUACUUCUGCACAUCCUCACUGUACUUUUUCAGGAAUGUUUCAUAUUUCUUUUGCACUGUCUUCCCUUCCAUAAGUCCCUUCCAAUCAAUACUCCCGAAGAAUUUUCUUAACUCUGUAAAAUUUGUCUUUGCAUGAUUUAGUCUCCCAUUUUUAUAAUCCUCCUUACAUGGUAAAACCUUCCAAUCUUGCAGCACCACUUCUAACACCACAUGGUAACUUUUUCCCAUUGGGCUUAAGUAUUUAAUGGCUGGACUGGGCUCCGGUUUUUUUUUUUUUUUUGUGAAUACCAGGUCUAGCAAAGAUGGUUUCUCCUCCCCUCUGUAUCUUUCUUCACCCAUUGGUCCAUUGCAUUCACCAUAGCUAACUGUAGCAUUUCUUCACUCCACAGUCCAGCAUCUCCAUAAACUUCCAUCUCCUCCCAGCUUAUAUUUUUGCAGUUGAAGUCUCCCACUAGUGGUAUUUUACUGUCCUUCCUUAUCAUGUUGUCCAGGCACUUCAACACUUCCUUUAGCAUUUCCUUAUGAUCCUCCAGCCUCCAUGUAUUAGUCUUCGGUGGCACAUACAUUAACAUGAUCCUCCUCCUUUCUCUCCCACUGGUCCUAAUUGUUAUACCAAUGACCUUCACCAUGCCAUCUCCAUAUUGCACUUCUUCCACAUAUAUAUAUAUAUUCUUGAACCAUUAUCAAUACUCUUUCUCCUUUUCCCUUUUUAUCUCUCCUCCAAUAAUUAUAUCCCUCUUCCUUAAAGCUUAAAUGGACUUCCUCUUUUAACUUAGUCUCCGUUAGGCACAGCACCUCUGGUCUAUUUUCCUUUAAGUAAUCUCUCACUUCCAGUACACCUGAAAGUAACCCAUCUAUGUUUGUAUACAUUACUCUUAGUGUACAACUUCUCCCACCACAUGCAAUUUGUCUGUCUGCUGCUGUAGUUCUUUCAUUUCUUGUUCCCUUUCCCAAAUAUACCAUUUCCUUAGUUUCAUAUCUAGUACCCUCCAAUAAAAUUCCCUCUUCUCUGUCUCUGUCCUUCUCUCAUUUUUUUUUCAUUAGCUUCAUUUCUCAGGCCCCUCUCUUUUUUCCUUUCUUCCAAGAUCAUAAUCUCUUUUUACCCACAUAUUCUUGUAUUCUGAACUUUCUGCCAGCUUCCCAGUUCUCACUAGCAUCUCCUCUACUGCAACUUGGGAUCUCAUUCUCACUUUUAACGGUCUUUUACCCCCUUCACUAUAUUUUCCAAUUCUAUAUGCUUCUUCCACUUCUCGUUCCAUUCCCUGUUCCUCAUCUUGGACCAUUGUAAUAAUUUUCCUAACCAACUCCUCUUCUCUCUCUGACAGACUUUACUAGGUUUUUCUUCUCUUGCAAUCCAAAAAAGACCAUACAUUUCUUCUUACCCACUGUGUCUCUCACCAAAACCUCCUUUUCUUUAAUUAUCUGAAUUACUGAGUCCUUGGUCUUUUCCUGUAUUUGUUUUUUAACCACCUCUGUGAAGGUAACUUUUUCAUUAUGUUCUUCCUUCCAGGCAUUUCUCAGUUCCUCCAAUUUGGUUUCACAUACUUCCCCUUUCCACUUUUCCUGCAUUAUCCUCCACCUUUUCUUGCAGCCCCUGCAGACUUACUUCAUAUUCAUUAUAUGUAGUCUUGAGUAUCUCAUUUUCUUUUAGUUUCUCCACUGCCUUUCAUCUCAUUGUUUAUCUUUAGAGCACUCUCACAUUCACUAUACUUCUUUCUCAAUUCUGUUUUCAUAAUAAGUUUGUCCUGCUUUUCUAGAAUGCCAGAGGUCAGUCCCCUCAUGCACCUUAUUUCUUUCUCUACACUGAUUGUUCUCCUCAUAUUUCCUUUCUCUUCUCUGAAUCCUGAAAAAUCCCUUUCUCCAAUUGCCUCCACCAACUGUCUCAAGCCCACAGGUGCCACCUAGAUUUUUCUUUCCUUCCAUUUCUUUUAACCUCAAAAUACUCCUUUAUGUAUUAAAUUUGGAGACAGAACAUUCUGUAACCCUCUCUCACCCCUGCUUAUAUAUUACUAGGCCUCGUUAUUUUGUCUAGAUCCAGUAGCUUGUAUCUUCAGGAGCUCUAGCACCCAAACAGCUGGCCAGUGUGUGUGUUGGUAUAUAUUUUUAGUGUAGUUAUUAUUUUCUUCCCUGCAGUAUUUCAUGUCAAAAUAUAAGAACAUAUGACUUGUAAGUGAGAGAUAAUGGGAUGCAUGUCGCUGAUCAGCCGAUCCCGUCUGAUCAAUCACUAUCAGUCAGUGUAAUCACCAUUUGUUUGUGUGUGUGUUCUGCUUUCUCUCCUGCAUCAUCUCACGAUAAAAGUAUAAAGACAUAAUGUGAGUGCUAAUCUCUUGUUGACAUCAUACAUGAAAUUAAAAACUCUAUCAAAAAUCAUGCUAAUUUCAACUGAUAUGCAAGGUGGUUAUAUGGAGCAUUUCAGAGAUGAGAGGCAUAAUAUUUUCGAAAGGUAGUAAGACUCUCUCUCUCUCUCUCUCUCUCUCUCUCUCUCUCUCUCUCUCUCUCUCUGAGACAUGGUAAUCCCACUAUCGUCUGUUACUAUGAUCUGAGAGGUCGGGUGAGUGGCCAUGUUGGAAGUGAUUUCAGGUGGGAGUUGCCAUGGCAACGGAUUUCCACCCUCCACUUCAAAACCUACCCAGCCACCCCCCACCACCCACAUCAGCUGAUUUACUGGGCAUUAUCAUGAUUGACAAUUUCCUGUAUACAUGCUACCCAUGAAAAUAAAAGAUGAGUGUGCAUUGUAAAAUAAUUAUUUGAGAGAUACAACAGAAGCAUAGUUUUGUUAUAAAGGAACCAAGGAUCAAGUAGCCUGGCAAGGCAUCAUCCCUCAUGUUCACAGUAGUGAACAAAAGCAACUGUCAGUACACACAAGAAAUUAAGUGAAAAUGUUAGUCUCAUGGUUCACUGAUGUGGCAGUUUUUGAAAGAUCUGCUUAUAUCAACAUGUUUGGGAGACUUUUAUUUUAGCAUUCAUACCAUAGCCACUGAAUAUGCUGGCCAUAAGUAAAAUGUGUUAUAAACAUUUCAGGGUGGUGUUUUGACUUCAACUCAACAUAAUUUCUUUAUUAUUGUUUUUAUCAAACUUUUACCAGCAUAUCUGAGUUUUGUAACCACUGUCAAGUCAAACCAAAAUGCCCUAUCUAGUUUCUAAGGUGAGAUACAGCAGAUAAUAUAGAAUGCCAUUCUCUGACUGCUGGUUGUAAUGUAUAAAAUUUCUCACUCUGGCUCUCGCCAUUUGCCAGCUUACUCGCGCUCUCAGUGUGGUCAUAGCUGAGAGAGAGAGAGAGAGAGAGAGAGAGAGAGAGAGAGAGAGAGAGAGAGAGAGAGAGAGAGAGAGAGAGAGAGAGAGAGAGAGAGAGAGAGAGAGAGAGAGAGAGAGAGAGAGAGAGAGAGAGAGAGAGAGAGAGAGAGAGAGAGAGACAGGCAACAGCCAAUCACAAGUUAGCCACUCGUGACAUCACUGCAGUGGGUGGGGGAGGGUAGAGGGGCUAGCUAGCUACCCUCUGCGAAAUAAAAACCUUGCAACUUUUUGUAAAUAUUCAUUGCAGUGUGCAGGUGAGAGUUUAUCAGCUUAUGUGAGUGGGUGCAUUUACUGGGUGUAUGACUGCUUAGUGCUUACAAAACCUCAUUUUUCCUCACCAAAAUACAGGUGUCUGAGGCAAAUGCCAAUAACCUCUUCUUUGUUCUCUCCUACUUCCUCUAUUGUCAGUUUCAUUCCAAAAUGGGAUGUUGUUUCUAGGUGUGUAAUGGCUUAACUUGCUCUUGUGUCCAUGCUCUUAAAUCUGCAUUUUCUCUCACCUAGCUGACUUCAGAGCUGUUGGGCUCCUAUGAUCACACCCUCAUAUCUAUAUCUUCUCCUAACGUUCAAAUUCCUCCUCAGGAUACCCCAAAGCAGAGAUGCCUCUGGUGUUUUGCUUCUGCUAAUUGGGGGGAUCUCAGGAGAUAUUAUUCUGAUUUUCCAUGGAAUGAUUACUGUUUCUGUAGCAGAGACCUGUUUCUCUGUGCUGAACACAUAACAAAGACAGUCUCGCAUAGGGACUUUCAUCUUAAACCUUCAAAACAUCAGUUUAACUCAGCCUAUUCUAAUUUUUGUGCUAUAUAUGAUGAAGAGUCAGUCCACAAAACUUCCACCACUUGAAUCUCAUGCACUUUAUAUUUCUACCCAAAAAUCAUGCCAAGACUGUUCUUCAACUAGCUAAAAACUUCAUCAAUAGAAAAUAUCAAAAUCUGUUAAACUUUCCUCUUGACUUUUUAGCCUUUUGGCAUUUAACCAAAAAUAUUUACAACAACUUUUCUCCAUCUUUCCUUUCUCUAUUUCAAUCUGAUGGCACUACUGCCAUCUCAUCCAUCUUUAAAAGUACAUCCCUUGCUCAAACCAUAGCUAGGAAUUCUGCCUUGAAUGAUUCUGGGCUUGUUCCUCCCGUUCCUCCAGUCUCCAAGUAUUUCAUGCCUCCCAUUAAGAUCCUUCGCAAUGAUGUUUUCCAUGCCCUCACUGGUAUUAAUCUUCAGAACGUUUCUAGACCUGAUGGGGUCCUUCCUAUUGUUCUCCAAAACUGUACAUCCAUGCUUGGACCUUGCCUAGUCCAAUUCUUCCAACUCUCUCUAUCAACAUCUAUCUUUCCUUCUUGCUGUAUGAUUGCCUACAUUCAGCUUGUUCCUAAAAAAAUUAACUGCUCUAAUCCCUUAAACUACCAUCCUGUUGCUUUAAUUUCCUACUUCUCUAAAGAUAUUAAUCUAUCCUCAACAGAAAGAUUCUGAAACAUAUUACGUACUUCAGAAACCCAUAACUGAUCAUCAAUAUGGGUUCCAUUAUAACCACUCUACUGGUGAUCUAGCUUUCCUUACCAAGUCUUGUCAUCCUCUUUUAGGUACAUUGGCGAAACUUUUGCUGUUGCCUUAGACUUAUCAAAGACUGCCACAAAGCUUUAAUUCUGAAACUACCUUCCUAUGGUUUCUAUCCUUCUCUUUGUAAGUUCAUCUCAAAUUUCCUUUCUGACCACUCUAUUGCUGCUGUGGUAGACUGUUACUGUUCAUCUACAGUCAGAGCCACACUACUUUAGAACUCUAUGUAAACUCAUGUUGUAUACAGAAUAAGUAUGCUUUACACACAUAUAAUGACUGAUAAAUAAAAUGUUGUACUUA